AUGAAUUUCAAUUUAAGACAACAAUUUUCAACUGAUAAAGGACUUGCUGAAAGAUUUUUAAAUCUUGAAAUUAAAGGUUUUAUUUUUGCGGAGUAUGUUUGGAUUGAUGGAACAGGAGAACAUAUUAGAUCUAAGACAAGAACUCUUGAUUUUGAACCAUUAUCACCUGAAGAUUUACCUAUAUGGAAUUGUGAUGGUUCCUCAACAGGAUUAGCUUUUGGAAAAGAUUCUGAUGUUUUUUUAAAACCAGUUGCAAUAUAUAAAGAUCCAUUUCGUCGACAAAAAAAUAUAUUAGUUUUAUGUGAAACAUUAAAUAACAAAAUGCAACCCACAAAAACAAAUAAUAGAAAAAAAUGUUAUGAAACAAUGAAACAAGUAGCUCAUUUAAAACCAUGGUUUGGUAUGGAACAAGAGUAUACACUUUUAGAUAUGGAUGGACAUCCAUUUGGAUGGCCAAAAAAUGGAUUUCCUGGACCACAAGGUCCUUAUUAUUGUGGAGUUGGUGCUAAUAAAGUAUAUGGUAGGGAUAUUGUUGAAGCACAUCAUCGAGCUUGUUUAUAUGCUGGAAUUAAUUGUUCUGGAACAAAUGCUGAAGUUAUGCCAGGACAAUGGGAAUUUCAAGUUGGUCCAUGUGAAGGAAUUUCUAUGGGAGAUGAACUUUGGAUGGCUCGAUUUAUUCUUCAUAGAGUUGCUGAAGAAUUUGGUGUUGUUGCUUCAUUGGAUCCUAAACCAAUACAAGGUGAUUGGAAUGGUGCAGGUUGUCAUACAAAUUUUUCCACUGAAAAAAUGCGUAGUUCUGGUGGAUAUAAAGAAAUAAUUAAUGCUAUUGAAAAACUUUCUAAAUCUCAUCGUGAACAUAUUGCUUAUUAUGAUCCAUCUGGAGGUAUUGAUAAUGAAAGAAGACUUACUGGUCAUCAUGAAACUGCCAGUAUUUCUGAAUUUACUUAUGGUGUCGCUCUUCGAACUGCUUCUAUUCGUAUACCAAGGCAAACUGAAGUUGAUCAACAAGGAUAUUUUGAAGACAGAAGACCAUCUUCUAAUUGUGAUCCUUAUUCAGUUAUUGAUGCCAUUGUACGUACAUGUUGUUUAGAUGUCAAAAAAUUAUCCAAAAGUUAUACACCAUUGAAAGCUCAAAUCAUUCGUAAUGCUGUAAAAGAAGAAAAUGAAGAAACAAAUAAUAUAUAG